UCUUUCUUUGUUUCUCCCCAUUCAAUGUUAAAGGCAUCUGUUGUUGUGUUGGAACAUCCAUCCAUAACCCAACCACCAUCAUCUUAUGUGUCGCCGCAAUCCCGAUUUCGUUCCCUGUUAUCCCGACAUUCCUCCACCAGAGACUAUGAGAUGCCUUCAUCUCUGGACCUGACACCAGACCAUAACAAGUCGUACCUGACCAACCCAUGGCACUCUGAUCAGAAUCAUUUAGCCCCCGAUGAUAAGACCAUACGGAAGGUCGCUUCAGCUCCAAACACCAAAAAGCUCUUUGAUAAAGCCAUGACCAAGCCAGCACCAACAACCCCGACUUUACAAAAGCUCAAGUCGCUUCGACGUACAUAUUCAAGUAACAGUGUUAAGAUAAAAUGUAUAGAAGUUGGACCUAGCAGCUUUGCGAAAUGUAAAUUACUCGGCCGAGGUGAUGUUGGGAAGGUUUUUCUUGUACGGCAAAAGGCGACCGACAAGUUGUUCGCAAUGAAAGUGCUGUCAAAAAAAGAAAUGAUCAAGCGCAACAAAAUCAAACGUGUUCUUGCUGAACAAGAGAUAUUGGCUACAUCCAAUCAUCCCUUCAUCGUCACGCUCUAUCACAGCUUCCAGAGUCAAGAUUAUUUGUAUUUUGUCAUGGAGUAUUGCAGUGGUGGGGAGUUUUUUCGAGCGUUGCAAUCUCGUCCCGGAAAGUGCCUGGAUGAGGAUGCUGGCAGGUUCUAUGCUGCCGAAGUGGUUGCUGCCCUUGAAUACCUCCACCUGAUGGGCUUCAUAUAUCGGGAUUUGAAACCGGAAAAUAUCUUGUUGCAUGAGACCGGUCAUAUCAUGUUGACCGAUUUCGAUUUAUCCAAAGAAGCUAUACCCAGAAAUGACCCUUCCAUCGUCAAGUCAAGUUCACCUAAUACCCCUCCAGCAAUCGAUACCAAAACCUGUAUAGCCCAUUUGAGGACAAAUAGCUUUGUGGGCACGGAAGAAUACAUAUCUCCCGAAAUCAUCAAAGGAUGCGGCCAUUCUUGUGCUGUGGAUUGGUGGACGUUAGGCAUAUUGCUGUUUGAGAUGCUGUAUGGUACCACUCCGUUCAAAGGAAGCAAUCGAAACGAAACGUUUUCCCGGAUUUUGCGGUUAGAUGUUGCGUUUCCCGAUCCCGCUAAGCUUCCAAGUGCGAAGGCUCCUUCUGCGAACUGCAAAGUCAUCAUUCGCAAGUUGCUGCAUAAAGAUGAACACAAACGCCUGGGUUCGCGCGCCGGCGCUGCGGAUGUAAAGGCCCAUCCCUUUUUUAAUACCAUUAAUUGGGCUUUGCUUAGACACCAAGACCCUCCCAUUAUACCAACGCCAUCAAGUGAUGCCGAUGCGGUCAACUUUCGUAGGAUGAGAGAAAGCUCGAGCUUUGACCUUCAAAAAGAUAGCAAAAAGAAGUUUUACAUAGAGGGUGAGGAUAACCCGUUCACCCAAUUCAGCUCAGUUACCCUUCACCACGAUGGAGAUUCCGAUACUGACGUGGAAGAGUAAACGGGUCGGUCGACAAGGCACGCUUCUUUGUAGAUAUACGCCAAUACAAACCCAGAAAUGAGUGCAUUCGACAUACCACUGCUGUUUAUUACGUAGCGGCCCAUGAUGGUCGCUGCCUGUUUGAUUUUUUUUGCCUUUACACGAAACGUACACCUAAAAAUUUUGCUUUUAAUCAUUCGUCACCACUUUGCAUAUGCUCAUGGUAAUAAACAUCCAUUCAGCACCUCUAGUCUACAUGUGUUGCUGUUAUUUGAAUCGUUGGA